UCAAUACAGGAAGUGUGCUGACCAUUGAGGGAAAUAAAAGGGGCUCCUGAGGAGUCUGCUCCACAUUCUUCCUGCACAGCUCAGCAAGACCUCAGCCAUGAGACUUCUCCUUCUGACCUUCCUGGGAGUCUGCUGCCUCACCACAUGGGUUGUGGAAGGUGUGGGAACUGAAGUCCGAGAAAAGAGUGUCUGUGUGAGCUUUCAAACCCAGCAGCUUCCAGUUAAAAAAAUCAAGUCCUAUACCAUCAAGGAGGGAGCCAUCAGAGCUGUCAUUUUUCUCACCAGACGAGGACUAAAAAUUUGUGCUGAUCCAGAAGUCAAAUGGGUGAAAACAGCAAUCAAGACUGUGGAUAGCAGGACCAGCGCCAGAAAGAACACAACUGGAACUGUUCCCACAGGAGCCCAGAGGUCUGCCAGCACAGCGAUAACCCAGCGAUAACUGUCUGGGUAGCAGCGGCCAGGACAGUGUUCCCUCACUUGCCAAGCAGCUCAUGUCAGUUCCCAAGCCCAGGGACUAAUUACGCUAUACUUACUUUUAAUGAAAGUGUUACACGAAUAAAGUUAUUUUUAUUUUUCAUGA